CAGUGGGAGAGGCCGGGCCGCGAGCGCAGAACGGGACCUCUCGGCGUUUGCCAGAAUGCCAGGACUAAGCUGUAGAUUCUACCAGCAUAAAUUUCCAGAGGUGGAAGAUGUAGUGAUGGUCAACGUUCGGUCCAUUGCUGAAAUGGGAGCCUACGUCAGCCUGCUGGAGUACAACAACAUUGAAGGCAUGAUCCUUCUCAGUGAGCUGUCCAGAAGACGUAUCCGUUCCAUAAACAAACUCAUCCGCAUCGGCAGGAAUGAAUGCGUCGUCGUCAUAAGAGUUGACAAAGAGAAAGGUUAUAUUGACUUGUCAAAAAGAAGAGUUUCUCCAGAGGAGGCAAUCAAAUGUGAAGACAAAUUCACAAAGUCAAAGACUGUUUACAGCAUCCUUCGCCAUGUUGCUGAAGUCCUGGAAUACACUAAGGAUGAGCAGCUUGAGAGUCUCUUCCAGAGAACAGCCUGGGUGUUUGAUGACAAGUACAAAAGACCAGGAUAUGGUGCUUAUGAUGCAUUCAAGCAUGCAGUCUCAGACCCUGCCAUCCUGGAUAGCCUGGACCUGACAGAGGAGGAGAGGCGUGUGUUGAUCGACAACAUUAACAGACGGCUGACGCCACAGGCUGUCAAAAUCCGGGCUGAUAUUGAGGUGGCCUGUUAUGGUUAUGAAGGCAUAGAUGCAGUGAAAGAAGCUUUGAGAGCAGGCUUGAACUGUUCCACGGAGAACAUGCCCAUUAAAAUUAACCUGAUUGCCCCUCCUCGUUAUGUGAUGACUACUACAACACUGGAGAGAACUGAAGGACUGUCUGUUCUGAAUCAAGCCAUGGCUGUUAUUAAAGAAAAAAUUGAGGAGAAGAGAGGAGUCUUUAAUGUGCAGAUGGAGCCUAAAGUGGUUACUGACACAGAUGAAACUGAGCUUGCAAGGCAGUUGGAAAGACUGGAGAGGGAAAACGCUGAAGUAGAUGGGGAUGAUGAUGCUGAAGAAAUGGAAGCCAAAACUGAGGAUUAAAUGUUCUGGGACGUUUAGAAGAGAGACCAUAUGAAAAAUUAGAGAACCCAUUACAAACACUCUGGACUAAAUGUUUCCAGUAUUGAAAACUUCAAAUGAAAAUACUUGAAGUGUUUUACUGUUUUAAAAAGACCAAAAUGUAAAGGCUCUUCUCAAUAACACUCAGUGCAGCAACUUAGAGAUAUUGAAUCCUUUGAAAGGAAGGUGCCUAGUAAGAUUCCAGACAGAUCUGGCCUGAAGGAGGUUGCAGCCCUGUGCUUAACGUUUUCAUACAUUACAAUUCCUAAUUGGUGAUUACAGCUCAAUGCAUCUGUUAAUGAUCUUUCCUGGGAGCACCAAACAAUGUAGUUGAGCAAAUAUUCAAUAAA